CGGUUUUUGAAAAUCUCCCGCCUAAUAAUCUGUAGUUUUGCUAUAAAUGUCUGGAAAUUCUAAAAUCCAUUUUUAAUAAUGUAGUGCACUCCUAUUGGUGAGUCACACCGACGCCAGCUAAAAGGGGUGCAAAUCCACUGUGUUCACCGACCACUGACCAUUAUAAUCUAUUUUUUUAUUUUCAAUCGCACUAAGGAGCAAACUUGGUGUUGUCAUCUGUCAGCACUUCUUUCUUUUCUUCCAACUUGAUUAUUUUUCUCACCUUCCCAAUCAUAUAAUUCAGCUACACAAAGUAAAAAAAUAAACCAACAAUCAUGGCCUCAGAACGUUCAGCAGUCAUCACGCGCAAGACCAACGAGACAGACAUCAAAGUCAGCCUGCAGCUUGGAUCUCUGGACUCUGCCAGCGAGCAAAUAAUCGACAUCAGCACGGGCAUCGGCUUCCUCGAUCACAUGUACCACGCGCUGGCCAAGCACGGCAAAUGGUCGCUGACCCUGCACUGCAAGGGCGACCUCCAUAUUGACGACCACCACACGGCUGAGGACACAGCCAUCGCCCUGGGAAUGGCCUUCAAGCAAGCAUUGGGCGAGCCCCGCGGCAUCCGCCGCUUCGGCCAUGCCUACUGCCCCUUGGACGAGGCCCUGGCGCGCGCUGUCGUUGACAUCUCGGGUCGUCCUCAUGCUAUUAUUGAUCUUGGAUUGAAACGCGAGAUGAUCGGCACCUUGUCCUGCGAGAUGAUCCCCCACGUCUUGAUGUCCUUCGCUACAGCUGCCGGAAUUACCCUGCAUGUUGAUGUGCUGAAGGGUGAUAACGACCAUCACCGUGCAGAGUCCGCAUUCAAGGCCCUGGCUGUGGCUAUUCGGGAGGCUGUGUCGCGCACAGGCUCCGACGACGUGCCCAGCACCAAGGGUGUGCUUUAAAGCAGACCACUAUAUUUUUGAAUAGUUUUUCUUUUAUGUUUUAACAUUGACUUGUAGGCAGUAAUUGCAAUAGUAUCAA